AUGCAAAUGAGGAGGCGUAAUCCACCAAACGCACUCGACAGUGAAGAGCAAGUCCAAAACCAAGGCACCGCCCCGCAGUCGAACGCAAGAUUUACUCCUUCUCCUCCACCUUCUGCUAUUUCAUCAUCUGUUUCACACUCACAUCGACAGUCCAGCCGAUAUCCUAGAGACAGAGCACCAGCUGCUGCCACCACUUCACCAUCUCAACGUUCAUUUUCUUUCAGAUCUGCCCUCUUCAAUUCAAGUAACCAACAUAUCCAAGUUGUUGAGAAAGAUCCGGCCACAUCAGAAACGCUAUUGCAACACUCUGUAAUGAUUAAUGACAAAGGGCACUCUGCGGUACGAGGCGUAACGCUUUCAAGACGGGGUCGACGGCACUGUUUAUGUGGUAUCGUCACUCUGUUGGUUCUGCUGGGCGCCGCAGUAAUUCUCGCAAUGUUCGGUUUUUAUUUACGAUCGUAUAAUAGCGAAUUCGAAGAGAGCGCUGAAGCAAAACAAUACAUCAGUGAAUUGAUUCAGCAAGUUUAUGAAGCCUCAGACCUUAAAUGGAAAAUAAAAUUUAAUCCGUAUGGAACAAAGAAACGGGAUUUCAAUUUCACCUACUAUAAAAAUGAAACAGCUAUUCAAGAGUAUUUGGAUCAUUUGACGAAUCAUUUGAAUUCGGAUCGAAUGCAACAACAUAUCAGGGAAUUGCUCGAGUUUCCAACUGAGAAAUUGCCGUCGCAUUUCGAUGCCAGGGAGAAAUGGCCUUAUUGCCAGUCGAUGUUCGAUGUUCCGAAUCAAGGCAGCUGUGGUUCCUGUUUUGCCGUCGCAGCUGUUGGUGUAGCAUCAGAUCGUGCUUGUAUCGCCUCGAAUGGUACCGUUCAAUCGUUAUUCUCAGUAGAGGAUGUCCUGGAUUGUUGUUCGGUUUGUGGUAAUUGUUAUGGAGGUGAUCCUCUCAAAGCUUUCGUCUACUGGGUUCUCGAAGGUCUCGUUACUGUAAAUGAUGCAUUUUUAGCAUCACUCGCCUACUCAAUGUAUCCACGUUCAAUGAGCCUGAAUACGGACGGCUCUAAGCGGGCUGAUGUGCCCACUGUAAUUGGACAACUGAACGAAACAGCCGAAGAACCGUUAACAGAUGAGGAGGUUCGAACACUCGUCAUGAAAGAACUUUACUUAUCCGGCCCCACAACAUUGGCAUUUCCGAUUACAGAAGAAUUUCUCCAUUAUUCAAGUGGUAAGACUGGCAACUAUUUCCAUAUUCCCUCAUCCGUUGAUCGUACCAAUUUCGUUCCCGUGUAUAUUUUCACCGUAUCCUGUGACGAACAUCUCAGAUCGUAUCGUAUAUUGGCAUGUGGUCAGAUUGAUCGGUUGGGGCAAAUAUGA